GUGAUUCUUUAUUUAACUGAAUUUUACUAUGAGGAUAAAACCAAAUGGAAAACAUGUAUAAAGUGGUUUAUAAAGUGUGAAUAUAUAUGUGUAUAUACACACAUAUAUAAAAAACUAAGUCAUUAUCGGUAAAGUUAACCUUACUUUCUUAUCCUCCUUCCACUUAUUCUAUAAAUAUUUACUCUCUGAGGUGGUGAGCAGAGGAUAAUUAGAGAAAAUAAAUCUGUUUGGGCAACAGCAAACAUCAGUCAUUGCUCUGAUGUGUCAUUGAGGAGAUGCAAAACUUUCAACCAGAAACUGAAACCAGGAAGCUAAAGAUACCCUCUGAUUUGGGUGAGGGCCAGCUCAGCAAGCAAGAAAUGAGUGUUUUGGAAAGUCAGACAAAGGGACACUUCUGUUAGGAGGGGCUCAGCCUGAGGUGACACUGGAAGUGUAUAAUGAGAACCAAAGGACCACCAAGUGAGCCACAUCUCCAAAGCUAGACGCUAUGUGUCCACCAAAAGAGCGUACAAUUCCCUGCCUUGUUUAUUUUCGCAUAGUAGACUUGUAAAACUCUGGACAUUUGUGGUAAAUUAGUAGUUUUUGUUGUCUUAAAAUAAGUGGGGCUAGGAGUACUCUCUUGAUGAGUGAAGUCAUCAUCAUUUACUGAGAAAUGCAGUUUGGUAAAUUAAAAUGUAUUUGUAGAAACAGGCAGAAUAUUUUAAAUUGGGGCUGUUUUACAAAACCCAGGAUAGUUAAAAGCUAAGAGAAAACCAUGAGUCUGAGUUCAAAGUAGUUGGAGACUUUUUAAAAUUUCAGAUUAUAGUUGGGAGGGAAAGAGAGUGGAGCUGAUGUUUCAUCCCAAAUCUUUCAGGAAUUUCACACACACACACACACACACACACACGCACACAGUGGAUAAUAUUUCUUGAUCGGAGAAUACUUCUUGGCUGCUGUCCUUGAAUGGAAAGCCCAUGUACUUCCUUGUAUUGAAAGUCUUACCUCUGGCUCCCCAGGCUUUGAGCUACUUUCAGAGUUCUUGUAGCUACUAGUGGGUAUGGGGAGCGCUUCCAUGGUGGCCUGUGAGAGUCAGACAGGGUAGCACUGGGGACUCACUGUAGUUACCACACAGAAGCACAGAGGAAAAACCCUAAAGAAAUUCAGUUAGUAGUCUUCUCACCCAGUCUGGUACUCUGCCUCCUCACAGACCUACUUGACUGAAGCUGGCCACGUUCCUCAGGCUCAUCAUAGAGCCUUGUGGAGGCCUUUAAGCCUCUGCAUCUGCCCCCGUAGCACUGCCUUGACUGUCUCAUUGCAGAGGGUAAGGAUAAAGAUAUUGAGAAAGGGGGUGAGGACUGAUGUCACCAAGGCUACAGUCUUGUUGACUUCCAUAGAAUGUUCUUUGCCAGACCUGACAUGAAGGAUGAUGGUGCCAGACCUGUAGCCAAUGAAGACCAGGGUGAGGUGGGAUCCACAGGUUGAGAAAGCCUUCUGAUGGCCUCUAGCAGAGGGGAUCCUCAGCACAGUGGUCACAAUAUAGCCAUAGGAGAUGAGGGUCACCAGGAAGGAACUGAGGACAAAGGCUAAGGCCAUCACAAAGUCCCAGAAUUCCUGCAGGCUGGUGUCUGAGCAGGACAGUUGCAGCAGAGGUGCAUUGUCACAGAAGUGGUUAAUGAUGUUGUCAUGGCAAUAACUGAGAUAAGCCUGGGAGAAGACAGUGGGCACCAUGGCUAAGAAAGGAGCUGCCCAGGAAGCCCCUGCCAACUGGAUACACACAUCCCAGCUCAUCAAAGUUCCACAGUGCAGUGGAUGGCAGAUGGCCACAAAGCGGUCAAGAGCCAUGUCUGACAGGAUGAGGAAGGAGGUGGAACCCAGGGAAAAGUAGAAGUAGAACUGGGCCAUGCAGCCAUUGAAGGAAAUGACUUUGCAGGGUACCAGCAGGUCUGAAAGCAUCCUAGGCACUGUAGUUAUGGUCACCAAGGUCUCCAGCAGUGAAAAGUUACCCAGGAAGAAGUACAUGGGAGUAUGUAGGUUGGUGUUGGCCAUGACUGUGACUAUGAUGACAGUGUUUCCCAGGAAGGCAAGAAGAUAAAGCAUGAGGAAAGGCCCACACAGCAGAACUUGCAGCUCACCAAAAGAGGAGAAGCCCAAGAGCACAAAUUCAGAAGGGUGGCUCAGAUUUGUCAUGAUCCAGGAGCUGGGUGCCUGUAUGGGAAGGAAAUGAGAGAGAGAGAGAGAGAGAGAGAGAGAGAAUCACUGAUCAUGAAACAAAAUGAACAGGGAGAGCAAGACAAGUAGAUGGUCAGCGAUAAACAGAGAGGUAACAGAAAGUGAUAAACAGAGAGAGAAACAGAAAGAAGGAGAUAAACAAAAUGAGAGUAUGAGAGCAUCAUAGAUUUAGGGAGUCUUAGAAUUAAGAGCAUUGAAAGCCAUUGAUAUGGAGAGAGAAAUACAGAGAGGAGUGGAUUAAGGAAGACAACACAGCAGCAGACAUCAACAUUUCUGGAGAAGGAAAGAAGAAAACAAAAUGGGAAAACAAUUAAGAAAGGAAGACCAAAUGUAUGAGAGGGAGAAACAGAAAAAGAUAGAGAGGGGAGGAAACAUGGAAAGAAAGAGAGAAUUAGUAUAAGUCACCCCCAAGUCCUAGAGUGUGGGUUGGUACUGGGGGAGGGGGUCUGUGUCAUGACUCAGAGACUGUGCAUCAAGAUUCCUUUUAAAGGGUCCAUUCAAGUCUUUCUGGGCUAUGUCUCUAUUGAGGACUCUCACUCAUUCACAUUUCUCUAGCUAUGAUCAUGAAAUUAAUGGGAAGGCAGAGUUUUGUGUUAAUAAAUUAGGUUCCUUUGGUGGUGGUGGUGGUGCUGGGCUCUAGUAUAUGCAUUCAAGAUGGAAAGCAGAAAAGACAUACAGGGUCAUGGAGAUAAACCUCAGAACCAGGUGGCUGCCCUGCCAGUGAUGAGAAGAUCAUUAGCAUCCUACCUCCUGGUGCUGUUUUGCUGCUGCAGUGUGUCCCUUCCCCUCCUGACUCCUCUCAUUCUUGCAUGGUGGUUUGGGGCACAAGCUAUGAAGCUGUGUUUGAAUUCUGAUCUGAAACCUGUUUGUGGAACAUAAAUUUUCUCUUUAUAACAUGCUCUCUGAACCUCAGUUUACUCAGCUAUAAAAUGAAGAUAAUGAUAGUACUGGGUUUCUAGGACUUCUAGGGCUAUUGUGAAGAUUAAAUGAGUGAACUACUUAGUAUAGUGACAGGCACACACCAAGUGCUCCACAAACAACUGUGGUCAUUGCUAUCAUUAUCCUAUGGCUGCCAAUCAUCUGCCAAAAUUUUGUGUCCAAAUCAUCUCUCCACACUUCCUGAAGGCCAACAGAUGGUGUGUGUGUGUGUGUGUGUGUGUGUGUGUGUGUGUGUGUGUGAGUAUUUUUACAACUUUAUGCUGCCUUAGAAUUUAAGUUCACUGAAAGGAUACCUUUAAAUUUUUCCAAUUGUCAAAGGAAAUAAACACUAUAAUACAAACUAUCAGAAGUGGAAAGAGAAAAGCUGUGAAUAGUUAUACUCUGGCCCACUCUCUGGCCCCAUUAAAAGCUUCAUCUGAGGCUGUGACCUGGCCACUAGCAAUGGCCUUCCAAUUUAAAGAAGAGGCUUUGUCCCUCCAUUAGCUUCUAUCCAUCCUACUAAUAAACCCUAACAGUAGGUCUAAAAUCUACACCCAGAACUGAUCAAUUGAAACCCAAUUUUGAUGUCUGUGCUGCACAGGAGCUCAACCCAUAUGCAAACCUAAGCCACUUACUUUAGCCUCUGAGUGUUUUCGUGAGCUGCUCACAUUAAGAAAUUCAUGUCUGCCUAAUGGGUUCACUCUGUAACAUGAGUGACAUGAGAUAUGUGGUCCACUAUCCUUGGUUAGUGUGUUACAGCUGGCAGGAGUAGUAAGGGGCUUCUGUACUGCUAGGUGAGUGGCUCCACAAGCUACAAUAUCUCCAGUCGUCUACUGAUUUCCUAAUUAAAGACUUACCCCGUGUCACCACAAAGACCUGGGCAGCAACUUUGAUGAGACCAGAGGAGAAGGGUGCUGUCUUUGCCCCUUUCCUCCCAAUGAUAAGUGUUCUUGAUUCUCUCUACCCACCAUGUCUCCAAGUCCCUGGUUUCUUGAUGUGGUUUAGAGCUAAGCAUACAUUGGAUGGGAAAUAGACUCCAGCAGUGUUCUUCAGGGGAAUGAUGGGAAAACAAGGAAUACUCUGGGGAUUAAGAGGCACUAUUGUUUUUCUUUAGAAUAAUGGGAACUCCUGUGUUCUGAGUAAGUAACAUUUGAGAAAAAGAUGUGAAUGAAGAAAGGGAUAGAGACCUAGAUACACCUAAGCAGCUGAUGGCUUAGGUUGGUCCCAUGGCAGAGCUUGCUUUCUGACCCUUCCUGGAUUAAAAUUAUGGCAGACUGGAUAGAUAGUGAGGGUUAGAUACAGUUUUCAUUUGGAGAUUUUGUCUCCCUCCCAGAUCCAGGAUUUUGAGAUCAGGAGAAGUAGGGAAUGUAGGUAUUGGACCACAUCACACUCUUGUCUGAACUCUCCAGUGUCAUCUGUAGAAGUUGGGGAAUUGAAACAGUAAGCUUAAGAAGAGAUAUCCUCCUCUUGGAGCCAUGGCCCCUGAUAGAAACAUCUUGGGAGCCGAGCAACCUGAAGGGCCUGUCUCUGACUUUUGUUAGAAGAUGUACACCUUAGGGAGGGAUGAAGGUGAAGGCAACAUAGCAUAGAUAAGGGAUCAAGCUCCCCAGUUAACUCUGAGUAACAUCCUUCACCUCAGAGAAGUUCAGACUUUAUGGAUGCCACCCAACUUAGCCCCACCCACAGACAAAUAAUAACAAAGGGAUAUGAAGCAAAAGCUUUCCUGUGAAGACAGUACAAGUGGAUCCCAAGUUUAAGACCCACAAAGGAAGGACAGAUGGCCUGGAAAUCUUUCUGUAGGACCUGAGUCUAGAACUGAGUUUUUAGGGCAAAGCUUUGAUUGCAAGGAAGAUUUUAUGUCUGGACAGAAAUGGGGGAUAAUGUAGAAAGGAGAAUAUUGCUACUCACUCAACACUUAGUAUAUACUAUUAAAAUAAAUUGAAAAUACAUGUCUGAGUCUGUGUCUGAAUUCUCUGUACUAUUUCAUUGGUGUAUAUGUCUACUGAUCUACAUGAUAUUAUGUCAAUAACAUACUGUCUCAAUUAUUGUAGCUUUGUAAGAAGUCUUUAAGUAAGAUUUGUGAGUCUCCCAGCUUUGUGCUUUUUAAAAAUUAUUUGGCUACUCUAGAUCCUUUACAUUUACAUAUAAAUCUUAGAGUCACCUUCUUAAUGUUAAAGCCAAAAUAACAGUUCUGGGAUUUGAAAAAAAAUUUAUUUGAGAGAGAGAGAGAGAACCCAUAUGAGCAGGAGAGAGGGGCAGAGGGAGAAAGAGAAUCUUAAGCAAGCUCCAUGCUCAGCACUCAGUGCAGAGCCCAAAGUGGCGCUUGAUCUCACAACACUGGGAUCAUGACCCGAGCUGAAAUCAAGAGUCAGACGCUCAAUGGACUGAGCCACCCAGGUGCCCCACGGCUCUGGGAUUUUGGUUGAAUUUGUGUUGAACCUUUAGACUAGAUUAAAAAGAAUUGGCUUUAUAAUAAAAUCGAGUCUUCUGAUUUGGAAUAUUUCUUCAUUUAUUUAGGUCUUUAAAUUCUUUCAGUAAUGUUUUAUGACUUUAUUUCUUGCACAUAGUUUGUUAAAUAUAUCCUUUAGUCUCUCAUAUUUUUGGAUACUAUUGUAUAUUAUAGAUUUUAUUUCCAUUUCUAAUGUUUAUUGCUGGUGUAUAGCAAUACAACAGAUUUUUAUAUACUUAGCUUUUGUCCUGUUACCUUAAUAACAACUUGUUAGUUCUAGUAUUUUUUUGUGGACGUUUUAGGAUUUUUUACAUAUAAGAUUAUGUCAUAUGUAAAUAGUUUUAUUAUUUUUAUUUUCUAAUUCUAUGCUUUUUAUUUCAUUAUCUUGCUUUAUUGCAUUAGCUAAGACUUCCAAUACAAUGUUGAAUAGAAGUAGUGAGAAUGGAUUUCAUUGCCUUCCUUCCCAUCUUUCCUAAAGGGAAAGCAUUCAGUCUCCCCACAGGCAAAGGUCCCAGUAGACCACCAAUUAUAGCCAUGUUUGCUGGUGUUGGAACAAGGAUGCUAGGGUGCCAUGAAUCCUGAUGCCAGAUGUGUGUUGUGCUUUACCAUAAUCCCUGAACCACUGCUGAUACAUGAUUGUGUGAAAUGUUUCUGGGGUGGACUGGCAAUGGGAUGCAGUCUCUGGACCUCUGCAGUGGCACAGUUGUGUGAGUGUUCCUGGGGGCAGGCUGGCACCCCACGAUUCCUUGGCAAGACCCUCCUCCAGAGGAUCAGAGCAGGUUCAAACUGAAGGGCCCUAGAAGUGAGAGGUUUAGAAACACAGCCCUAUAUGAGAUAAAAUUUGGGAGAGAAGUGCUUCUUGGCAGGCUGAAGGCUUGGUCAUGGACAGUGUAGAAGUGGGGAGUGGAUGGAAGCCAGAGAAAAAGGAGGGGUGUUUGAUUGCUGGUUGGUGAUAGCACAGAAAAUGGGUGACGCCAUUUUCACCUCUCCUGUGCAUGUGCAUACACGCAUACAUACGCCAAACUGAUCCACCCAAGUAAGCUAAACAGAGCCACCUAGUGGAGAACCGAGCCAUUACACCAAACCCUGACCAACUGUGCCAACCAAACCCUAGGGGACUAUCACAAGUCUCUCCACUUGCUUAGUUCACAGACUAUAAAGUGCUAAAUAGUUUGACUUCUGGGGAAACUGGAUGUAAUUUUACUCAGAUUUCAUUCUGUUUGCUGGUCUAUCCAUUUUUUUUCUUUUCUUAUUCUUGGAUAGAGAAAGAAAAAAAUUAUUUUUAUUUUCCAUUUUUGUAAAAAACAUUGUUCUUCAUUUUUUCCUACUAUAUUUUUUAUUUGUGUGUGUUGUGAAGUUUUUAGUCUAUUUUAAUUUCUUCAUUUAAUUUUACUCUAUUUUAUUGUAUACAAUUACAAAAAUUUUUUAAAUGUUUUCUUACUGUUUUUCACCUUUAUUUCUUUUCUUUUUUUUUGCCUUUUUCCUCCUCUAUUCUACCAAGCUUCUUUCAACAACCAGACCAAAACACAUCUAGGAUCUAGCUUCCUUUACUUGAUUUUUUGUGUUGUUUUUAAUGUUUUUAAUUUACUUAUUUAUUUUAUUCUUUUUCUUCCUCCAAAAUGAUGAAAUGAAGGAUUUCACCCCAAAAGAAAGAACAGAAAGAAAGUCCUGACAGCCAGGGACUUAAUCAACACAGAUAUAAGCAAGAUGUCUAAACCAGAAUUUAGAAUCAUGAUCAUAAGAAUACCAGCUGGGGUCAAAAAAAACAUAGAAUCCCUUUCUGCUAAGAUAAAAGAAGUAAUAUCUAGUCAAAACGAAAUUAAAAAUGCUAUAACUGAGAUGCAAUCUCGAAUGGAUGCCAUGGAGGCAAGGAUAGAUGAAGCAGAGCAAUGAUCAGUGAUAUAGAAGACAAACAAGGAGAAUAAUGAAGCAGAAAAAAAGGAGGGGAAACUAAGGCAAAAGAGCACAAUAUAAGAAUUAGAGAACUCAGUGACUCAUUAAAAAGUAAUAACAUGUGAAUCAUAGGGGUCGCAGAAGAAGAGAGAGAAAAAGGGGUGGAAGGUUUAUGUGAGCAAAUCAUAGUAGAAAGUGUUCCCAACCUGGGGAAAGACACAGACAUCAAAAUCUGAGAAGCACAGAGAACCCCCAUUAGAUUCAACAAAAAACGACCAUCAACAAGGCAUAUCAUAGUCAAAUUCACAAAAUACACAGAUAAGUAAAGGAUUAUAAAACAGCAAGAAAAAAGAAAGUCCUUAACCUAUAAGGGAAGGCAGAUCAGGUUCACAACAAACCUAUUCACAGAAAUCUGGCAGGCCAGAAAAGAGUGGCAGGAUAUUUUCAACAUGCUGAAUCAUAAAAAAAAUAGGUAGCCAAGAAUUCUUUAUCCAGCAAGGUUAUCAUUCAAAAUAGGAGAGACAAAGAGUUUCCCAGACAAACAAAAACUAAAGGAAUUCAUGAGCACUAAACCAGCCCUGCAAGAAAUUUUAAGGGGGACUCUCUGAGGGGAAAAAAGAUGAAACAAAACAAAAAAGGUUUAAAGUAACAAAGACUAGAAAGGACCAGAGAACACCACCAGAAACUCCAACUCUACAGACAACACAAUGGCAAUAAGUUCAUAUGUUUCAGUACUCACUCUAAAUGUCAAUGGACUAAACUGUCCAAUCAAAAGACAUAGAGUAACAGAAUUGAUAAGAAAACAAGAUCCAUCUAUAUAUGCUGCUUACAAGAGACCAAUUUUAGACCUAAAGAUACCUUCAGAUUGAAAGUAAGGGGAUGGAGAACCAUGUAUCAUGCUAAUGGUCACCAAAAGAAAGCCAGAGUAGCCAUACUUAUAUCAGACAAUCUAGAUUUUAAAAUAAAUCCUGUAAUAAGAGAUACAGAAGGGCAUUAUAUCAUAUUUCAGACACUUUAGAUUUUAAAAUAAAUCCUGUAACAAAAGACAAAGAAGGGCAUUAUAUCAUAAUUAAAGGGUCUACCCACCAAGAUCUAACAAUUAUAAACAUUUAUGCCCCCAGUGUGAAGAAACAUAACUAUAUAAAUCAAUUAAUCACAAACAUAAAGAAACUCAUUGAUAAUAAUACCAUAAUAGUAGGGGACUUCAACACCCCAGUUUCAUCAACGGACAGAUCAUCUAAGCAGAAAACCAACAAGGAAACAAUGGCUUUGAAUGACACACUGGAGCAGAGGGACUUAACAAUUAUAUUCAGAACAUUUCAUCCUAAAGCAGAGGAAUACACAUUCUUCUCGAGUGCACAUGGAACAUUCUCCAGAAUAGACCACAUACUGGGACACAAAUCAGCCUUUAACAAGUACAAAAAAUCGAGAUCAUACCGUGCAUAUUUUCAGACAACAACACUAUGAAACUCAAAAUCAACCACAAAAAAUUUGGAAAAGUAACAAAUACUUGGAGACUAAAGAACAUCUUAUUAAAGAAUGAAUGCGUUAAGCAAGAAGUUAAAGAGGAAAUUAAAAAGUGCAUGGAAGCCAAUGAAAAUGAUAACACCACAGCCCAAAAACUCUGGGAUGCAGCAAAGGCAGUCAUAAGAGGGAAGUAUAUAGAAAUCCAGGCCUUCCUAAAGAAGGGAGAAAGUUCUAAGAUACACAACCUAACUUUACAUCUUAAAGAGCGAGAGAAAGAACAGCAAAUAAAACCCAAAGCCAGCAGAAGACAGGAAAUAAUAAAGAUUAGAGUGGAAGACAAUGCUAUAGAAAUAUGAAAAAAACAACAACACUAGAACAGAUCAAUGAAACCAGGAGCUGGUUCUUUGAAAGAAUUAACAAAAUUGAUAAACCCCUACCCAGUUUGAAAAAAAAGAAAAAGGAAAGGACCCAAAUAAAUAAAAUCAGGAAUGAAAGAGGAGAGAUCAUAACCAAAUACUGCAGAAAUACAAGCAAUAAUAAGAAUAUUAUGAGCAAUUAUAUGCCAAUAAAUUUGGCAAUCUGGAAGAAAUGGAGAAAUCUUAGAAACAUAUAAACUAUCAAAACCAAAACAGGAAGAAAUACAAAACUUGAACAGACCAAUAACCAGUAAGAAAUUGAAUUUGUAAUCAACAAACUCCCAAGACUUAGGACCAGAUGGUUUUCCAGGGGAAUUCUACCAAAUAUUUAAAGAAGAGUUAACACCUAUUCUUUUGAAGCUGUUCUAAAAAAUAGAAGUGAAAGGAAAAUUUCCAAACUCAUUCUAUGGGGCCAGCAUUACGUUGAUUACAAAACCAGACAAAGACCCACUGAAAAGGAGAACUAAAGACCAAUUUCCCCGAUAAACAUGGAUGCAAAAAUUCUCAACAAGAUACUGGCCAACUGGAUCCAAUAAUACAUUAAAAGAAUUAUUCACCACAAUCAAGUGGGAUUUAUACCUGGGAUACAGGGCUUGUUCAAUAUCUGUAAAUCAAUCAAUGUGAUACAUCACAUUAAUAAAAGAAAGGACAGGAACAACAUGAUCCUCUCAGUAGAUGCAGAGAAAGCAUUUGACAAAAUAUAGCAUCCUUUCUUGACAAAAUCCCUCAAGAAAGUAGGGAUAGAAGGAUCAUACCUCAAGAUCAUAAAAGCCAUAUAUGAGAGACUCACUGCUAAUAUCAGUCUCAAUGGGGAAAAACUGAGAGCUUUCCCCCUAAGGUCAGGAAUAUGACAGGGAUGUCCACUCUCACCAGUUAUUCAACAUAGUUUGGAAGUCCUAGCCUCAGCAAUCAGACAACACAAAGGAAUAAAAGACAUCCAAAUCAGCAAGGAGGAAGUGGAACUUUCACUCUUCACAGAUGACAUGAUACUCUAUAUGGAAAACCCAAAAGAUUCCACCAAAAAACUGCUAGAACUGAUUUAUGAAUUCAGCAAAGUCACAGGAUAUAAAAUCAAGUACAGAAAUUGGUUGCAUUUCUAUACACCAAUAAUGAAGCAACAGAAAGAGAAAUCAAGGAAUCAGUCCCAUUUACAACAGCACCAAGACCCAUAAAAAACUAGGAAUAAACCUAACCAAAGAGAUGGAAAAUCUAUACACUGAAAACUAUAGAAAUAUUAUGAAAAAAACUGCAGACACACACACACACAAAUGGAAAAAUAUUCCAUGCUCAUAGACUGGAAGAUCAAAUAUUGUUAAAAUGUCAAUACUACACAAAGCAAUCUACAUAUUUAAUGCAAUCCCUAUCAAGAUAACACCAGCAUUCUUCACAGAGCUAGAACAAACAAUCCUAAAAUUUGUAUGGAACCAUAAAGGACCCUGAAUAGCCAAACAAAUCCUGAAAAAGAAAACCAAAAUUGGAGGCAUCAUAAUUCUGGACUUCAAGAUACAUUACAAAGCUGUAAUCAUUAAGACAGUAUGGUACUGGCAUCAAAACAGACACUUAGAUAAAUAGAACAGAAUAGAGAACCCAGAAAUGAACCCACAAGUCUAUGGCCAAGUAAUCUUUGACAAAGCAAGAAGGAAUAUCCAGUGGAAUAAAGACAGUCUCUUCAGCAAAUGGUGCUGGGUAAACUGAACAGCAGCAUGCAGAAAAAUGAACCUGGACCGCUUUCUUACACCAUACACAAAAAUAAACUCAGAAUGGAUGAAGGACCUAAAUGUAAUACAGGAAGCCAUCAAAAUCCUUGAGGAGAAAGCAGGAAAAAACCUCUUUGACCUCAGCCGCAGCAACUUCUUACUCAACACGUGUCUGGAGGCAAGGGAAACAAAAGCAAAAAGGAACUAUUGAGACCUCAUCAAAAUAAAAAGCUUCUGCACAGCGAAGGAAACAAUCAGCAAAACUAAAAGGCAGCUGACAGAAUGGGAGAAGAUAUUUGCAAAUGACAUAUCAGAUAAAGGUUUAGUAUCCAAAAUCUAUAAAGAGCUUAUCAAACUCAACACCUGGAAAACAAAUAAUCUAGUAAAGAAAUGAACAGAAGAUACGAAGAGACACUUUUCCAAAGAAGACAUCCAGAUGGCUAACAGGCACAUGAAAAAAUGUUCAACAUCACUCAUCAUCAGGGAAAUACAAAUCAAAACCACAAUGAGAUACCACCUCACACCAGUCAGAAUGGCGAAUAUUAACAACUCAGGCAACGGCAGAUGUUGGUGAGGAUGCAGAGAGAGAGAGAGGAUCUCUUUUGCACUGCUGGUGGGAAUGCAAACUGGUGCAGCCACUCUGGAAAACAGUAUGGAGGUUCCUCAAAAAAUUAAAAAUAGAACUACCAUACAACCCAGCAAUUGCACUACUAGGUAUUUAUCCAAGGGAUACAGGUGUGUUGUUUUGAAGGAACACAUGCACCUCAAUGUUUAUAGCAGCGCUACCGACAAUUCAAAGUAUGGAGAGAGCCCAAAUGUCCAUUGACAGAUGAAUGGAUUAAGGAGAUGUGGUAUAUAUACAUAUACAAUGGAAUAUUUCUUGGCAAUCAAAAAAUGAAAUCUUGCCAUUUGUAACAACAUGGAUGGAACUAGAGUGUAUUAUGCUGAGUGAGAUAAGUCAGUCAGAGAAAUUCAAAUAUCAUAUGUGGAAUCUACGAUACAAAACAGAUGAACAUAAGGCAAGAGAAGCAAAAAUAAUUAAAAAGAACAGGGAGGGGGACAAAACAUAGAAGACUCUUAAAUGUAGAGAACAACCUGAGGGUCGCUGGAGGGGUUGUGGGUGGGGGGAUAAUUAAUGGGUAAAGGACUAAAUGGGCUAAAUGGUAAAAACGUAAACAACAGGCAAAAUUGAUCAAGAGUCUAGCUAAUAAAGAAUGGGGCAUUCAUAUGGAGUACUAUGCAAAAAAAUUUUUUAAAAAGAAAGCCAAAAUGUCUUGAUAGGAGGAAAUAUCUUCUUAAAUUUUGGGUUAAAUUGUAUAUUUUUGUUUUAUUUUAUUGAGGUAUAAUUGACACACAAUGUUAUAUUAGUUUUAGGGAUACAACAUAGUGAUUUCAACUCUAUACAUUAUGCUAUGUUCACCACAAUUGUAGCUACCGUCUAUCAUCAUACAACACUAUUACACACCAUUACAGUACCAUUGACUAUAUUCUCUAUGCUGUACCAUUCAUCCUAACAACUUAGUCCAUAACUGAAAGCCUGUAUCACACACUCCCCUUUACCCAUUUUGCCCAAUCUCUGUCCGCAUCUCCUGUGGCAGGCACUAUUUGUUCUCUGUAGUUAUGCAUCUGUUUCUACUUUUGUUUGUUUGUUCUAUUUGUUUUUGUUUUUGAUCCCACAUAGUGAAAUGAUACAGUAUUUGUCUUUCUCUGUCCAAUUUAUUUCACUUAGCAUAAAAUCCUCUAAGUCCAUCUAUGUUGUCACAACAACAAAGCAAGAUCUCAUUUUUUUUACGGCUGAGUAAUAUUCUGUGUGCACGCGUGCUUGUGUGUGUGUGUGUGUGUGUGUGUGUGUGUGAACCACAUUGUAUUUAUUUAUUCGUCUACUGAUGGACACUUAGGUAGCUUCCAUAUCUUGGCAAUUGAAGAAUUGCUGCCAUAAACAGGGGAGCAUAUGUGUUGUUUUUAAUGAGUAUUUUUGGUUUCUUUGGGUGAAUACCUAGUGGUGGGGUUACUGGAUCAUAUCAUAUUUCUAUUUUUAAACUUCUGAGGAACUUCCAUACUGUUUUCCACAGUGGUUAUACCAAUUUACAUUCUUACCAGUAGUACAGCAGGGUUGUAUUUUCUCCAUAGGCUUGCCAGAACUUAUUUCUUGUUGUUUUGUUUUGUUUUGUUGUUUGUUUCCAGUCACUCUGAUAGGUGUGGGAUAAUAUCUCAUUGUGGGUUUUAAAAAAAUUUUUUUAAUGUUUAUUUAUUUUUGAGAGAGAGAGAGAGAGUGAGCAAGUAUGAGUGAGGGAGGGGGCAGAGAGAGAGGGAGACACAGAAUCCCAAGUGGGCUCCAGGCUCUGAGCUGUCAGCACAGAGCCCGAUGCGGGGCUCGAAUCCACGAACUGUGAAAUCAUGACCUGAGCCAAAGUCGGACACCCAACCCACUGAGUGACCCAGGCGCCCCUCAUUGGGUUUUGAUUUGCAUUUCCCUGGCGACUAGUGAUGCUGACCAUCUUUUCAUAUGUCUGUUGGCCAUUUUCAUGUCUUCUUUGAAAAAUGUCUAUUCAGGUCCUCUGCCUAUUUUGAAAUUGGAUUAUUUGGGGGCUUUUGGUGUUGAAUCGUAUAAGUUUUUAAAAUAUAUUUUGAUAUUAGGGGCGCCUGGGUGGCGCAGUCGGUUAAGCAUCUGACUUCAGCCAGGUCACGAUCUUGCGGUCCGUGAGUUCGAGCCCCGCGUCGGGCUCUGGGCUGAUGGCUCGGAGCCUGGAGCCUGUUUCCGAUUCUGUGUCUCCCUUUCUCUCUGCCCCUCCCCCGUUCAUACUCUGUCUCUCUCUGUCCCAAAAAUAAAUAAAAAACGUUGAAGAAAAAAAUUAAAAAAUAUAUAUAUAUUUUGAUAUUAAUCCUUUACAGAUAUAUCAUUUGCAGAUAUGUUCUUCAAUUCAGUAGGAUACCUUUUCAUUUGGUUGAUGGUUUCCUUUGAUGUGCAAAAGCUUUUUAUUUUGGUGUGGUACCAAUAAUUUAUUUUUGCUUUUGUUUCCCUUGCCUGAGGAGAUAUAUCUGGAAAAAUGUAGCUAAGGCUGAAGUCAGAGAUUACUGCCUAUGUUUUCUUCUAAGGGUUGUAUGGUUUCAGGUCUCACAUUUUGUGUUUAAUCCAUUUUGAACUUAUUUUUGUGUGUGGUGUAAGAAAGAAGUCCACUUCCCUCUUUCACAUGAGUUGUCCACUUUUCCCAGCACCAGUUAUUGAAGAAACUUUCUUUCCACAUUGCAUAUUCUUGCCUCCUUUCUCAUAGAUUGACUGUAUACCCAUGGAUUAUUUUGAGAAGUGAGAGAGAAAAUGCCAUAACAGAUAUCCACAGCAUUUUCUGUUAAAAAUAUGCAGAUACAUGCUUAGGAAAUUUUUCCAAGAUUAUGUGGCAAUCUCAUUGGGCUAGGGCAAUGUUCAGGCAUGGUUAGGAUGAUUGUCCCCAAUUUAUACCCUUUUUCACCUGGUGAUAUUCUCAGAUUUAGCAGGUAUUCUUCAAAUGAAAUCUCAAAUCUAAAUAAAUGUUUUGUAGCUGCCACUUUUUCUGUCUCACUCUAGUAUAAAGCAGAUUUACAAUUUACAUUUGUCAGUUGUUUCAGGUUGUAAAUAUAACUGCAUACAUUGGCUGUCCUUAUGCUGUCCCGACUUUGAAGUGCCCAGCUGGCAAACAUGGACACACCAUAGAAAUAAAUGUAAGAAUCUUGCUUGAAUGCAUACAGAUGCAUGUGUGUUCAGAAGAGUGGAAACCUGAGAGAGUAGCAGAGAGUGAAGUACAAUUUGGGGGCAGAAACUCUCUCCAGUUUUCUGGAAGGUCCUCAGAGUUAGGAGCAGGAGCCUCUCUAUGAAAUGAGUGAAGGAGAAAACAGACUUUGUAGGGGAUUUCUGGUGAAGUUAGGACUGUCUGGGACCAACAUGCAUGCUUUAAGAUAUUGGUGCACAUUUUAGAUGUCAAUUGUAAUGUGUCAUACUGGGGACUGGGGGAUGCUUGUUUUCUCUGAAUAGCUAAAAGAAUCAGGGAAGAGUCUAGGAUAUAGGGGCAGAAGGGGUGAUCUGCUUAGAGUCCAAGAUGUCUUCUUGAAACCUAGACUUGGGGCCUUUGAGGAGGCAGUCUUGGUAUUGAAAACCUGUGAUUGGUGAGAUUUCAGGUGUCCUCCUUAAGCAAAAAGUUUCAAAAGUUCUGACACUUAAUUGGUCAAAAAUGGGAAUAACUAAAAGUUUGUUCUGCUUUCUGCAGUCUGAUUGCUUAGGGACGCCCUGAACCUGGCGUCCUAAUUAAGAACAUGUACCUCAGUGACUAAGUCCCCUUGGGAAGGAGGGUAGUGAGGGUGAAGAAGAGAGAGAGAAACCCUCGGUUCCCUGAACGCUGUUAUUUCUGGACUUUUUCCUAAGCUCCUCCCAAGAAAGUUGCUCUGCCUCCUGAGCAGUAACUAGAUAGGAGUUAGCCUUAGCUGAGCCCUGGAGAGCCUGAGAAGUGGUGGAGAGACCCCUCCAUGAAGGUGAGUGUCUUCUCACGGUUGCUUUCUGCCAAGGAAUCAGUAGGAGAUGAUCAAGUAUGGAGUUCUGGGCUUGGCUGCCUGCAAGAAGGAGGCCUAGCUUCUGAGGGGUAGAAUAGUGGAGCAGCAGAAUUGAGAGGCUCAUCUCCAAAUCCCCUCUACACAGCAGAGAGCAGAUUCAAUUCUUCUCUGUCCCAGUACUAAGAACAGUCACUGCUAACAUUCUUCUGUAUUUUUUUCAGCUAGUGCUCAUUAUGUAGACAUUAUAUAAAUGUAGAUCACUGAGAGCUAUCCCAACAGUUCUGUCCUUGACCUGUUUUCCCAUCAUUCCAGCCCACAGAAGCUUAGAGGAGGUGACAUGAAUAAGGAAAGUGAGGAAGGGAAAAUGGUAAUGUGAGCCAUGAAAGCAAAUCAAGAAGAGUAGGCUCCACGGGGUAUGGCCCAACUACUUUAAUGGGCAUCAAGUACUAUUUAACCAUAUAGCACACAUCCAAGCAACCAUCAUGUAGGGAAAUUUAUCAGCAUGACUUUAUAGCUCAACAAUAAUAUAGAUAUACAUGUCCUUGCCUUCAUAGAGUUUAUAUUCUAGUAUCAUAGAUGAACUGUGAAUACAUGAAAUUGGUUUCCUGUCCUUCUUCCUUGCCUUAUAUUUGUUCCAGCAUGAUGAAUAGACUAGCAUCAUAAUUGUACUUACUUGUCUUGUAUAUAAUCUGGCAUCCACCCUCCCCUUGAAUGUAAGCUCCACAGGGCAGGAAUUUUUGUUUGUUCUAUCCACUGCUGAAUUUGCUUAAUGUUCAAUGAAGGAAUGAAAUUAGUAUACAUAUCAUAUCAGGUAAUAAAAAGUGCUACAAAGAAUGGUAAAGUCCAAAAAUGAACAAGUUAUUCCUAAUUGGUGUAGGGUUACUGGAUAGAAUCCUCUGAGGAGAUGACAUUUGAGUAAUGGGAUGAAUAAAGUGAGAGGUCGAGAUCCAGACAUCCACAGGAGCUACUGGCCUCAGAUCUAUCCUUGUUAGGGACAGGUGCCACCUUUCCUCUCUCCCAACAUUUUGCAAAGCACAUGGGUUUAGGGAAGAAUGAUUCUGCCCUGGGAAAUUAUCUCCAGAGAGCUCCAGAGCUCUCAUUUGUAGAUGUGUCUGCUCUGUACCAUGGAAGUUCACACUCUGGGGAGAGCAGGGGUGUUGGUCUUAGUCCUCUGCUGCUUUUCUACUACCCCAAGUUGGGUCUAGACAAUACAAGUAAGGAUGAUGUGUAGGGUUCAAUGUUCCAUGAUCUGACCAUCACCUAGAACACUCUUAUGUCAUCUGCUACAGUUAACAUAAGAAGAAUGACACGGUCCCCGGACUGGUGUGGCUGAUCAACACAGCUUCAUAAGUGGUCAGUUUAAACACUCUUAUCCUCUGUCCCUGGAGAGAAGACCUAUCCUGUGGUGUAAAAAGACAGAGAAUGUUUUCUUAUCCUCAGUAGCGAUUCAGGAGUCUUCCCCUAUUCCAGACAGGCAGACUUGUGCUAGAUUGAAGGUGAUCACAUUUGUCUGACCUUGUGCAGAGCAUUGCAGUCGGGGCAUGUCACCAGGUUCUCAGGUUGAAAAUAUUUUCUCAUCCUAACCUGUCUUCCUUCUCUUUGGAGAACAGGGCUAUGUGGCGCCAUGUUACCAGUCUUUGAUGUGUAGAUUUUACAAGGAGCAGAAAAAAGGAGUAAAUGAUGAACAAUCUCUCUAGUGCCACUGAAUUCUGCCUUCUAGGCUUUCCUGGGUCCCAAGAACUACACCACGUUCUUUUUGCCAUAUUCUUUUUCUUCUACUCAGUGACAUUAAUGGGAAACACAGUCAUCAUUGUGAUUGUCUGUGUGGAUAAACGUCUGCAGUCUCCCAUGUAUUUCUUCCUUGGUCAUUUGUCUGCCUUGGAGAUCCUGAUCACAACUAUUACUGUGCCCAUGAUGCUUUGGGGAUUGAUGCUCCCUGGGAUGCAGACAAUAUCUCUGGCUGCAUGUGUCACCCAGCUCUUCCUAUACCUUGCUGUGGGGACCACAGAGUUUGUGUUACUGGGAGCGAUGGCUGUGGAUCGUUACGUGGCUGUCUGUAACCCUUUGAGGUACAACAUCAUUAUGAACAGCCACACCUGCAUCUGGGUGGUCAUUGUGUCAUGGGUGUUUGGGUUCCUCUCUGAAAUAUGGCCAGUCUAUGCCACAUUUCAGUUUACCUUCUGCAAGUCAAAUCUGUUAGACCACUUUUUUUGUGAACGCGGGCAACUGCUCAAACUAUCCUGUGGUGACACUCUUUUCACAGAGUUUGUUCUCUUCUUAAUGGCUAUUGUCAUUAUCAUUGGUUCACUGACCCCAACAAUAGUCUCCUACACCUACAUCAUCUCUACCAUCCUCAAGAUCCCCACAGCCUCAGGCCGGAGGAAAGCCUUCUCUACGUGUGCUUCUCACUUCACCUUUGUUGUGAUCGGCUAUGGCAGUUGCUUGUUCCUCUAUGUGAAACCUAAGCAAACACAGGCUGCUGAGUACAACAAGAUAGUUUCCCUGUUUAUUUCUGUGGUAACCCCUUUCCUGAACCCUUUCAUCUUCACCCUGAGGAAUGACAAAGUCAAAGAGGCCCUUCGGGAUGGUAUGAAACGCUGCUGUCGACUGGUAAAGGAUUAAAUCUCUCUACAUCAGUUUUGGGUGGCAAUGUCUUCACUAUAAAUUAUUCACUAACCUAGAAAACCCUAGCUCCUCUCUUAUAAUUAUCAUCUUUUCAAAGAUCAGUUUUGUACAACCUCCAAUCUGUGCUGUUGGAGAAGACAAGACAGAUAAAAAUGAAACCUAUUCUCUGCACACUAGAAUCUCUUUCCUCAGUUUCUGAUGGUUCCCCUCUUGAACCAUGGAGGCAUAUCUUUGGGAAGUGGGAUGAUUAACGAAAGGUAAUACACACAUGUUUAUAGCUCUGUAUCCUUCAAUUCAUUCUCCUACAAUGCAUUUUUGAGGAUGUAUUUCCUAGGGAAGGAAGAAUGUGGGAAGAAGUGGUGGGGAGGCAUCUGGCAUAAUCAGUCCCAAGGGGUAGAUGCUCACUUUGUUUCUUUAUCAACUGUUGUAGAGAUUUUCCUGUAUUUUGUGCAAUUUCUUGACCUAAUGGCUGUAUGCACUUUAAAUAUUCUAUGGUUCUCCUUUCUCUGCUGGUUUUUCUCUGCUGGCCCCAUUGCUAGUGCAAAGUACAUACAAUGUUACAUACUCUUUGCCACAGAACAAAUCUAGAGUGGAGAUAUGGGGAUUGGAAUAUUUUCCUUUUAGUAAGUAUUAGCGAUGUAAAGAUAUGAAAUAUUUUGGGACAUAUUGGUAUUGGGACAUAUGGGGAUUGAGACAAGUAAGAAUUAAAUGACUAAUUCUAGAGAAAGCAUCCUGUGUUGUACAACUGCUUAAAUCUACUAUGUUUGUUGAGACUAUUUCCAGACUCAGACUUUAGGCUUCAUGAUGCUUGUGGUUCUUUGUCUCUGAAAUCCAAGUGUCUCAGUACCCUGUCAUAAAUUUUCCCUAUGGGGAGCACCACAGAAAUAAGAAGCUACCCUCUCAACUUGCAGCUCUUCAGGAAUAUAAGUCAUGGUUUUAUGACAAUGCAAGUGUAGGAAGCUCAUCAUGUUGGAGCAAGGUAUUUGAAGGAAGGAGGAAUUUAAAAGUAUUUUCAUUAUUUUUUAUUUAAAAAAAGUUUAUAUAUUUAUUUUGAAAGAGAGAAUGUAUGUGAGUGGGUGGAGGGGGAAAGAGAGAG